CGUCAUUGUAAAAUUUGCAUGAUUGCGCUGCGCUGAAUUCAUUUGAUCGUAUAUUGGAUGAUGAUGAUUGAUGCGCAUUGUAAGGAGCUAACGAUCCUCCGCAUCCUUGCGAUUUUUUCUCUCUUUCGCUCCAAAACAAUUUCAAUGACACCCAUGAUUCCAAGUAUCCGAUCGGUGGUCGUCAAACUUCUCGAUGGGAACAACAAACAAGAAUUAAUCCUCGAUAUUGAUUCGAGUUUCUUGUUUCCAACUCUUCUCUCUUCACCCCAAACCCCAAUUUUCGCCUCAAUCGCUCGGAUUCUGCGUCUUCCUACAUUGCCUGAAUUUCUGGAUUUUCUAGGGUUUGCCAAUUCCUGCAGAUUGUUCUUGUUCGAAGUCGUUAGGAGAAUCCAAUUGCGCGGCCAGGGAAGUAUUCAUUUGCAUUUGCGGUGUCCCGAGCUUUUCCUAGGGUUUCAUAUCGCUAACAUUUAUUCAAUUUUCUCUUGCAUUUUUGCUGUCUGCAAGAACAAAUUGCGAUAUUAUGGAUUUCCAAUCUGUUGAUGAUGCUAUUGUUUAGAAUACAAAUGCUGAGAAUGCUUUCCAAAUGAUCGGGAAAGAUAGAAUAGUAUUAUGUUUUAGGUACGUUAAGCUGCCUGUUAAGAACAACAGGCGGCUGAAGCUCCCCUUUGAGAUGGGCAGCAUUUGCUCCAAAGGGUUGAAAGUUGAAAAGAAGGUGAAGGGAUCUAAAAGGCCUUCAAAAAAAUCGGAAGCUACCGACGAAAACAAUGCUAAAGGGGGAAAGAAUUUUAGCUCUAAACAUGUAUGUGUGAAGCAUUUGAAGAAGAGGGCUGGCUCCACCCUGGCCAAGAAUGUCGAGGGAGAUAAAAAGCGUGUCGAGAACUUUGAAGGAGGUUCGAAGGAAGCAGGGCAACCACAAAUCUCUCGGGUGUUCAGUGUUUGCAACGGCGUGGAUGGAGCACAAGUCGCUGCAGGAUGGCCUUCAUGGCUGGCUUCGGUAGCCGGGGAAGCUAUCCAAGGAUGGGUACCUCGGAAUGCAGAUGCUUUCGAGAAGUUGGAUAAGAUCGGUCAAGGGACGUAUAGCAGCGUGUACCGAGCUCGCGACUUGGAAACUGGAAAAACCGUUGCUCUAAAGAAGGUUCGGUUUGUAAAUAUGGAUCCUGAGAGCGUCCGUUUCAUGGCUCGGGAAAUCCUCAUCCUGCGUAGACUGGAUCAUCCUAAUGUGAUGAAGCUUGAAGGCCUGGUUCAUUCGAAGGUCUCGGGCAAUCUAUACCUCGUGUUUGAAUACAUGGAACACGAUCUUACGGGGCUCGCCUCUGUUGUCAAGUUUACUGAACCACAGAUCAAGUGCUUUAUGCAGCAGCUGCUUCGGGGGCUCGAGCACACUCAUAGUCGAGGGGUGUUGCACCGUGACAUUAAGGGUUCGAAUCUUCUCAUUGACGACAAAGGGAAUCUCAAAAUUGGGGAUUUCGGAUUGGCAAAUUUUUACCACGUGAUUCAAGAGCAGCCUCUGACUAGCCGCGUCGUGACAUUGUGGUACCGACCUCCUGAGCUUUUGCUCGGUGAAUCAAAGUAUGGAGUUUCUGUCGAUUUGUGGAGCUCUGGAUGCAUUCUUGCUGAAUUAUUUGUGGGAAAACCGAUCAUGCCUGGAUACACGGAGGUAGAACAGCUGCACAAAAUUUUCAAACUUUGUGGUUCGCCAUCGGAAGAAUAUUGGGAUAGGUCGAACUUAGCGAAUGCAAUGGUCUUCAAACCUCAACAACCUUACAAACGACGCGUGGCUGAAACAUUUAAGGACAUGCCGUCUUCAGCUCUCUCGCUUCUUGAAACUCUCUUAGCUUUCGAGCCCGAGUAUAGAGGAACGACAACUACAGCAUUACAGAGUGAGUUCUUCAAGACGACUCCUCUACCUUGUGAUCCUUCAUCGUUGCCAAAAUGUCCGCCUAGUAAAGAGAUUAAUAUCAAAAUGCGAGAAAUGGAGGCGAGGAGACAGAGGAGGGCAGCUGGUGGAAAGGGCGAUGGAGUCAAGCAUUCAGGGAAGGGCGCGAAAGAUUCCAAAGCUGCUCCGGGACAUCACACGAAUGCUGAAAUCUUGUCACAAAAACGUAAAGACCAAUCGAAUCUCAAGAGCAAUGGCGAUGAACCUUUUGGAGAAAACUCUCAUUCCUUCAACUCGAGGCUUCGAUGCGCUUCUGGAAACUCGCUGCACGUGGACAAGGGUCUUCACCUCAACACUCACCGGGUAUUGGAUUCCUCGAUUUUCCGGGAAUUAAAGACUCAGAGAUCGUUCAAGCCGCAGGCGGCGGCUUCUUACCUGUCAGGUGGAGACACUGUUGUGCAUGGACGUUGGCUGGAUCGAUGCCCGCGUGCCAGAUAUGAGCUGAUCAACGGCCCUGAUUCGUCCAAUGCGACAGUGGUGAUCCGCAAGGAAAAUUAUAUCUCGAAGAAGGAUGCGAUGCACUACUCGGGGCCAUUGCUGACUGGGGGAGAGAGCGUGGAGGAUAUGUUGAAGGAGCACGAGAAACGGAUCCAGAUCGCCGUUCGGAAAGCUGUUGUGAACAAGAAACAACGAGCACAGUGAAUGAUGAACAGAGGAGGAUCAGGCUCGAACUUUACUCGAAGGUACAUUCGAUGAAUCUCUAUCCAUCUAUAUGUAUGUAGAAUUCGAUUUGAUGAGAUGGCGUUGGAGAUGUUGUUGAUCCAUGGAUGUGUGAGUCCAUGCUGUAAGUCUUUUGUGUUGUUUUAAGGUAAAGAAAUUAGUGUGGAACUGAAGUGAAGUGAGGAUCCAUUGAUGAUGGGUAGGGAGGAAGGAAGGAAGGAAGAAGGGGUUCAAGGCUUUUUUGGUGAAGAAAUUAAUAACUGUAUAAUGUAAUGUGAUUUGACUUUUUAAUUGCAAUUACUAAAGUAA